AAAAAAUCCCAACACAAAUUUGUGGUAACAACCGCCCGGGAAAUUUCCAACCGCCCCGUAUGGAAUGACGUGGCCAACCUGAACGCAUUGUUGGCUUUUGGUUUCAAUAUGCCGUUAUCCACUUCCCUCAAGUUUUCUGUUCUUUCUAUCUGCUGUCCUUCGCAUUCAAUUCCAAAAGGUUCAAAUGGUAGAAGUUUUCUAUUGAAGAGGAAAGACUUCAAUAUAUGGAGUAAAGAAAUCAAUUUUCACAGGACUUCAAGGAAUGGCCAAUUUACAGUCAAUUCAGCAGCUGGAGACAAGGGCUAUUCUGUUGGAUAUGAUGUGCCGUUUCCAAAUGAUUAUUCUGAACUCCUUCAACAAGCUAAAGAGGCAACUGAAUUAGCUCUCAAGGAUAACAGACAGCUCAUGGAAAUUGAAUUUCCAACUGCUGGAUUGGAAUCUGUGCCAGGUGAUGGUGAAGGUGGUAUUGAAAUGACUGAAAGUAUGCGUCUUAUCCGUGAGUAUUGUGAUCUCUUUGUUACUCCAGAGAAAGUUACACGAACCAGAAUAUUUUUCCCAGAGGCAAAUGAAGUUCAAUUUGCAAGGAAUUCAGUUUUCGGUGGGGCUUCCUACAAGUUGGAUUAUCUGACAAAACCAUCAUUUUUUGAAGAUUUUGGGUUUGUUGAAAAAGUUAAAAUGUCCGACCGUGUUAAGCCUGAAGAUGAGGUUUUUGUAGUUGGUUAUCCAUACUUCAAUGUCAAUGAAAUGCUUGUUGUCGAAGAGCUUUACAAAGAGGCAGUAGCUACCACUUCCCGGAAACUGAUCAUUUUUAAUGGAGAACUUGACCGGAUAAGAUCAGGGUGUAUCCUUGAAUGCAAUGAUGUAGAUUUUAAGUGUGCAUUCCAUUUCUCUCAAUGCUUUUUUUAUCUUUUUCAUUUGGCUGCGGAAAACGGCCUCAUCUGAGAAAACUUAGUACAAAGACAGACACAAAUGCAUAUACAUUAACUGUAGAAUUCUACCUUUAGGAACUUCCUGAGCUAUGAAUUCCAAAUAAUUGUCUUGGUAAACUUCCGAGGAUAUUAUGCUGCUGUAAAACCACAAUUAAUGAAAUUUGUAUCCAUACAAAUUUUGUUUUGAUUGAGUACUUUGAAAAUCGACUAUCUGAAACUCUUCAAGUAUGAACUGUGUGUAGAUUGCCAUCUGAUAUUGUAGACAACUGGUUUGGUGCCUUCGCUGUUACAGAAGUUAUCCUCAACAUAUAAGAUUAUCCAUCAUUCUUCUAUCCGAAGCUGGCUGCACUUACCACAACUCUAUUUCCAAAGAUGGAGACUGUGUAUUACAUUCACAAUUUUAAAGGACAAAAAGGAGGAGUUUUAUUCAGGUUAGCUACGUUGGUUGAUCUCCUCAUCCAGAACUAUCUACUGAAGAUUGUUUCGGUACCUUUGGACGAAUCGCUUCAUUUGGAACUUGGCUAUGUACUUACGAUUUUAAUGUUAAAAUUUGCAAACGAGUGCAAAACUCAUCAAAAUCACUUGUUUAAAGACAGGAAGUACUUGUUUUUACUACUUCUCUUGUACUCAUAUUCACCAUCUUCGUUUCCUCCAAACGCUUAUGCAGGAGCUACCCUGGACCCUGGAAAGUGCUAAGGAAAACAAGAAAAGGAUAUAGUUGCUUGCACCAGCAGGAAUCCAUGCCUUCUCUCAAGGAAGUAGCACUUAACAUCCUUCCGUCAGCUUAAAAUUUUCUGUCGUUUAAUUGUGCAAAAUAUCAACAAUAUUGCAACGGAUGAUCCUUAAUGUUUGCCAUACGAAAAUGAUGCAAGCUCAAUUGAAUGUCUCAUUCCUUAAUUUAUGAUAACAUUGUACCAUUCUUGUGCAUAGAAGUACUGAAGUGUUUCGGAUAUUGUACUGCCUAAAUACCAUAAUCACUUUCUCAUUCUCCUUUCAGUUAAUACUCACAUCAUCAUAUUCUAAUGUCAUCCUCCCAGUAAGCAUCAUUUUAAACAAGUAGUCGCAAAGAUGAGGACAACAACAAAGGAGACACGCUAUCUUGAUUUCACAGAUUUUGUUUAACAUACAAACAAAGAUAGAUACUUCUUGAACCAUUUCUCUUUUAUUAAAAAUAAUGAAAUCAUCAAACUCACAUGAGUGAUGGGGAAUUUGAACUCGAGUUACUUAGAAAAAGAAGAAUCCUUGUCAUUAGCACGGUUUAAGCGUGUCAUAGCGCGCGGCAACGGGCAACCUCAUUGCUCAUCUCUCACUCUUCGGUCGAUGUUUUCCUCUGAUAAUGCAUCAUCAUUAAAGCUCCUCCAGAAGAUUCUGCAAGAAGCAACAAGGUUCUUGAAGCACAGCUG